AUGUCCAAGGUUGCUCCAUACGGUAGCUGGGUGAGCACAAUCACGCCGGACUUGUUUGCUAAGGGUAAUUGUAAGGGUAUAGCUGAGCUACAGGCGACUGAUGAUGGUGUCUUCUGGGUCGAGCAAAGUGCAAGUACUGGUAAACGCGAACUGUACUUCGAAUCUGCGAAGGAGCCGUCUGCAGGUCGCGUCAGAUGGGCGCCGGAACAGUCUGUGCAAAAUAGUGGUAAGAGCAAUUUCCUGCAGCGGUGCGCGAUGCGCUACGCCUAUCGACCAUCGCAUUUGUGA